AUGCACGAUCCUGAAAAAUAUUAUUCUUUCAAAGGAUACGUGGAUAAGGUGAGUAAAUCAUCUUUGUGGUAUGAAUCAUGUAAAAGUUGUGCCACCGCAGUUGUGAAGACCAACAACGGCAUGUCAUGCAAAAAGUGCAAUAGCAAAAUUGAGGAACCAACUCCAAGGUAUAGGUUGGUAUUAAACGUCGUGGCAGAUACCCACAAUGCGACAAUAACUUUAUUUGAGGAAGCUGCAAUGGUGUACGUUGGGUGUCCGAUUAAUGAUUACAUCAGAUCAAUUGAGCAGGGGGAAGAAUUAUCUGGAUAUUACAAAGGGUUGAGCUUACAGUCAACAUUUGAGUUUCAAUUCCUCAUUCCAGUCGAUAGUAAGUCGUUCAACUCAAGAGGAGAAUUCAAUGCAGUGGCAGAGGCAAUUGCAAGGACAAAUGAUGAGGAAAUGAAUGAUAACCAAGAAAAUUCUCUCCAAAGCCCUACUGGUCUGGAUGUGGAUAAAGGCAAUUCGUCAAAGAGGACCACCAUCAGAAAGAAACGAUCAAUCAACAAGAUAAUAGAAGAUGAAAAUGAUUCUGUUGUUGAAGUUGAAGAUCAUGAGACAAUUAGUAGUAUCAAGAAGAAGUGUGCAAGAAAAAGUACAAAAGCAAAAGGAAGGAAACCAACUCCAAUCGUCAAAAUAAAAAAGGAGAAGAAUUGA